CAAAUGAACCCAUAAGAUGCGCCAUAACAGGAUUUAAUCUACAGGGACUUCCUCGAAAGAUUUCUCAGUAACAUAGACAUUGCACAAAUCGAAGCCAUGAGACAACAAAACAAAAUUAGAUUCCCAAUCAAUUUAGAUCUUUUGAGAUAGGAAUCGAGAUAACAAUACCCUAACUUGUAAAACAGUUAUAUUUAUGUAUACUUUAGAGUUGAUGACUUGAUUAGAAAUCCAACUGAUUUUAUUAGAGUUUUCCAACAGAAAUUAAGUCAAAUAUGCAAACAAUUACAAGAUCAAUAGGAAGAUGAUGAUAAAAAGGGAGUGUAGACUGAUAAAACAUAUAAAAUCUACUUUGAAGGUAAAUUAGGAAAGAAUUACGUGACUCCAAGAGGUUUGGGAGCUGCAUAAAUAAAUUAAUUAGUUUGCACAUAAGCAAUAGUAACUAAAAUGUCUUUGGUUUUGUUGAAACUACAGAAAUCAGUUCACUUUAUAGAGAAGAAGAACCAAUUCAAAUAAGUGGAAUACUUCAAUAACAUGGAUCCAAGUGCUAGGACAUCCUCAAGAUAAGUUAGAGUAGUAUAGAAGAAGGAUGAAGAAGGUAACCCUAUGAUUUUUGAAUUUGGGUUAAGUGAUCUAAAUGACAUGUAGACAUUAGUGGUCUAAGAGUUGCCAGAGAGAACCCCCACUGGAAUGUUGCCAAGAUCACUAGAAGUCAUUUUAGAUUAAGAUUUAGUUGAUAGAGUGAAACCAGGAGACAGAGUCGAAGUAUUUAAACAUAAAAAUAACCAUAGAUUACUGGAGUGUAUAAGUGUAUUCCAAAUUCAUCGACUAAGGCAAAUGGAACCUUCAGAACUACUUUGAUAGCAUAGAACAUUAAAGUAAUGAAUGCUGUACAAGAAACAAAGAUAUCAGAAGUUGAUAUCAGGCACAUCAAAGAAAUUGCCAAAAAGCCAAGUAUUUAAUGAUAAUAAUGUAAGAUCUUUUGGAAUACAUGUCAAAAUCCAUAGCUCCAUCAAUAUUUGGACAUGGGAUUGUUAAGUAGUCCGUGCUGUUGCAGUUGUUAGGAGGAACGGAAAAGAAUUUAGAGACAGGAACUCAUUUAAGAGGAGAUAUCAAUAUUCUUUUGAUAGGAGAUCCCUCAACUGCUAAAUCCUAAUUACUUAGAUAUGUUAUGGGAACUGCUCCAUUGGUAGUUACUACAACAGGUAGAGGAACAUCCAGUGUUGGUUUGACUGCUGCAGUUAAGAGGGACAAUGAAACAGGAGAGAAUACAUUGGAGGCAGGUGCCAUGGUUUUAGCAGAUGGUGGAGUUAUUUUGAUAGAUGAGUUUGAUAAGAUGAAUGAAAUAGAUAGAGUAGCAAUUCAUGAAGUAAUGGAAUAACAAACAGUCACUAUUGCAAAGGCUGGAAUACAUUGUUCAUUAAAUGCAAGAUGUUCUGUUUUAGCUGCUGCAAAUCCUCUUUAUGGUGAAUAUCAAUUAGAUAUGGCUCCAACUAAAAAUAUUGGUUUACCAGAUUCUUUAUUGAGUAGAUUUGAUUUGUUGUUUAUUAUAUUGGAUGAAAAGAAGAAGGAUAUUGAUAGAAAGGUAGCUGAAAGAGUUACAAAGAAUCACAGAUACAAGGGAUAAUAUGAUGAGGAAGAAAAUAUUGGAGAUAUCAUUUAACCUAUGGCUUAGAUGAGUAUCAAAUAAGAGAUUUCUCCUUUUGUUCAAUAAUCUGCCAUCUAUCAUUCAAACGAUCAAAAAGACCUAUUGACAUAAUCAUUCCUUAAGAAAUAUAUCAUGUAUGCAAAAGAAAAUUAUCCCAAUGUGAUCUUAGAUGAUGAGGCAGCGGAGGAAGUGACUAGACAAUGGACCAAAAUGAGACAAAAUGAUUUGUUAGAAAAAUAAAUCAGAACUCAACCCAUCACUAUCAGAUCUUUAGAAUCAUUAAUCAGACUGGCUUCAGCUCAUGCUAAAUUAAGACUAUCUAAUGUAGUAACCAAACAAGAUGUUAAGAUUGGAGCCAAACUAAUGAAAAUCUCUUUACAAAUGGAUUAAGAUGAGGAAGUUGAAGACAAUAAAAAACCAAGUGGUAGAAAGUCAAGUCUAUAAAGACUUAAAAGUGAAUAGCCUUUAUCUGCGGGAAGAUAAAAGAUUGAGUCCGAAUAACCUAAGUAGGAAGAACAAGAAAAUCAACUUAUUGUUAAGAGUGAUAAGAAGAAGUAAAAAUAGGAUGAUCCCAAAGAUAAGGAAGCUGAGUUCCAUUUAUACUUGCAAUAGGCUCAUUCAUAAAACAUCACAAGAGAUUAAUUGAAGGCUGUCCAUAAGGUGUUGAGAGACUUCAAAGAAAAAGUAUAUUAAUAUAUCAUUAUCUUAGCUUCAUCAAGAUGUUGUUGAUAUCGAUAUUAUCUGGGGAGAACUGUAAAGUUAGAGUAGAAUCAUUAUUGCUGAUUAUUUAUAAUUCUUAAAAUGCCUUCUGGAAUUGGAUAAACAAGAAAAGGUCUAAUUUGAUGACAAGAAAAGAACUGUGUAGUUAUUAUGA